AGUAGGAUCCCCAUCCUUCGGAAUAGGAGUAACAUUGGAGACUUUCCACAGGUCAGGGACUCUGCUUUGCUUGCAAUGAACCAAGGAAGUGAGUCACCAGUUCACAAAGAGACAGCACUCAGUGGAGACAAACCCUCCACUGACAGCAGUCCAGGGCCCAGAGAUGACUGUGCUGAGUGGGUGGUCCAGUUCUCCAUAGACACACUCCCUGAGGGCAUGAGCAAGACUCGGUGGAAGAAGAAAUUGAAGCAUCAAAAGAAGUUGAAAAAAUGGGAGAAAAUGAAACAGGAAUCCAAAGUGAGAAGGAAAGAGAGACAGAGCCAGUUAAAAAAGGAGAGACAAGCUUUGGGAGGACUCCCUCCACCAAAGAAAACCAGACUGGAAGAUGGAGGCUCCUCAAAAAUUAGUCAGAGAGGGUCCUACAAGAAGAUGAGUGACGAGGGAGCGAGCUCUGUGAGGGUGGCUGUGGACUGCUCUUUUGAACAACUCACGAGUGCGAAGGAUCAGCUGAAGCUAAUCAAACAGUUGCAGAGAUGUUAUGCUGCCAACAGACGAUCAGUAGCUCCCUUGCAAUACUAUGUGACUAGCUUUGGUGGUCAACUGAAGUCAGAGCUGGAUUGCAGAUAUCUAAUCAACAAGGAGCAUGAACACUGGGAUAUCCACUACAGAAGUGAGGACUUUCUGGAAGUGUUUGGUAAAGAGAAUGUUGUGUACCUCCUGGCUGAGUCUACCAAUGUGUUGAAUGAGCUGGACCCCAGUAAGGCGUACAUAAUAGGUGGACUAGUCGACCACAAUCAUCACAAGGUUCACUGUUACCAGGUGGCCGAGGAGAAGGGUCUGGCCCACGCCCGACUACCAAUAUCAGAGUAUAUACGAAUGAGUGGCAGGAAAGUACUCACCAUUAACCAUGUUCCUGAGAGCUUGUGUCCAAUCCCCCAGGAGCAGGGCCAGACCACCACAUGACAUAGCGGGCUGCUAGUGAUUGGCUGUUUCUCUCUCCACUGCAGUUCCUGAGAGCUUGUGUCCAAUCCCCCAGGAGUAGGACCAGACCACCACAUGGGUACAUUAUGAUAGCUGCUGUGGAUGUGGCUGAGCUGCCUCAUCGGGGCAACUGCUAGCAUGGACAAUGUCUGCAUACAGAAUGGACCCCUCUUGGUUAUUAAUAAUACUCACUGGCCUUAAUUCGGAACACUAUAGCUAGUUCUGAUAUGAACGAUAUAUACAUGUACAUGUACAUGUACAACAUACAUUGUAAUUUUAGGGUUCAACAAUUACAUGCUGUAUACGCAUUCAAUUUAGG